ACUGCGCGGACUCUAGUUGUGUGUAGUGCCAUGGACGGACGUUUAGAGACGGAUUUGUAUCCUGUGGGAUCCAGGUACGUCAACGAAAUAGACGGAGUCCAUGACAUAACAGUUGGCACAAAGAGGGGAUCUGACGAACUCUUUUCCUCCUGUAUAUCCAACGGACCAUAUAUCAUGAGCUCAGGAGCUGCAAAUGGUAACGACAGUAAGAAGUUUAAAGGUGACAUCAGGAGUCCGGGCGUUCCGUCUCGAGUCGUCCACGUGCGCAAGUUACCCAACGACAUCAAUGAAGCGGAGGUGAUUUCCUUGGGGCUGCCAUUUGGCAAAGUGACCAACCUGUUGAUGCUGAAGGGGAAGAACCAGGCUUUUCUGGAGAUGAACACUGAAGAGUCUGCGCAGACGAUGGUCAGCUACUACUCCUCCGUCACCCCCGUCAUUCGAAACCACCCUGUGUUCAUGCAGUACUCCAAUCACAAGGAGCUGAAGACUGACAACUCGCCCAACCAAGUGAGGGCGCAGGCGGCACUGCAGGCAGUGAACGCGGUCCAGACGGGCAGUGUGUCUCUGAGCAGUGCGGAUGGAGGUUCAGGGACCCAGAGCCCUGUGCUUAGAGUCAUUGUGGAGAAUCUCUUCUAUCCAGUCACUCUGGAUGUCCUGCAUCAGAUAUUCUCAAAGUUCGGCACAGUGCUGAAGAUCAUAACCUUCACCAAAAAUAACCAGUUCCAGGCCCUCGUACAGUAUGCAGAUGCCAUGACUGCCCAGCAUGCCAAACUGUCUCUAGAUGGGCAGAACAUCUACAAUGCCUGCUGCACCCUGCGCAUCAGUUUCUCCAAGCUCACCAGCCUGAACGUGAAGUACAACAAUGACAAGAGCCGCGACUACACUCGCCCAGACCUGCCUACCGGAGACAGCCAGCCUUCUCUGGACCCUCAGGCCAUGGCUGCUACCGCUUUCACAGCUCCUGGUAUAAUCUCAGCUGCUCCCUAUGCAGGUGCACAUGGGUUCCCACCAACAUUUGCCAUCCAGCAGGCAGCAGGUCUGUCCCUGCCUGGUGUACCUGCUGGAGCUUUGGCCUCUCUUGGCGUUCCAGGUGCUGCGGCGGCGGCUGCUGCAGCGGCCGCCGCUGCUGGACGCCUCGGCCUAUCCGGCCUCAGCCCUGGUGGACACAGCGUUCUGCUGGUCAGCAACCUGAACCCUGAGAGCGUUACGCCCCAAUGCCUCUUUAUUCUUUUCGGUGUCUAUGGUGACGUCAUGAGAGUGAAGAUCCUGUUCAACAAAAAGGAAAAUGCUCUGGUGCAGAUGGCAGAUGGAACACAAGCCCAGUUAGCCAUGAGUCACCUGAACGGUCAGAAGCUCCAUGGUAAGGCUCUGCGAAUCACCCUGUCCAAACACACCACUGUGCAGCUUCCCCGCGAAGGCCACGAGGACCAGGGGCUCACCAAGGACUACAGCAACUCUCCUCUCCACCGCUUCAAAAAGCCCGGCUCCAAAAACUACUCCAACAUCUUCCCUCCCUCCUCUACCCUGCACCUCUCCAACAUCCCACCUUCUGUUGGCGAAGAUGAUCUCAGAGAGCUGUUUCGGAGCUCAGGGGCAACGGUUAAGGCUUUCAAGUUUUUCCAGAAAGACCACAAGAUGGCGCUCAUCCAGAUGAGCUCAGUAGAGGAGGCAAUCGAGUCGCUGAUCGAGUUCCACAAUCACGACCUGGGGGAGAACCAUCACCUCCGCGUUUCCUUCUCGAAGUCCACCAUCUGAGGGCGGGGUAGUCAGGAGCUGGUCAUUUCAGGAGGGGGGGGAUAGAGAGAGAGAGACUGUCACUUUAGACCAAACUUAAAGCCUUCCACAAUUUAUAAUGCUGUGGAUUUUCCACAAGACACACUUUAUCAUUCCUUUUUUUUUUCUUUAAAUCUAUAUUCACACGUAUGCUUGUCUAUUUAAGAUGCCACUUUUGAACCAAUAGAUCAGAGGAGACAAUGAAGACCCAGCGUUUUAUUUAGGUUUGAUGGAGCUUUUUUUUUUCCCCUCUUUGCUGGUUUCCUCUCUUAGACUUGGCUUGGUCACUGAUGUUGGUGCAGAGCAACGCUACAUUUCACUGAAGCUUUGUAGCUUUUCAGUCUUCGCUAUAUUAUAUGGAAGCCGUUUGUCAGGUUAAAGAGGAAAAUGGCCAGUUUUUGCAACUUUUUUGAACUUAAAAUAUAGUUUUCUGAAAAUGUAAAACUAAUGACUUAUUUUCUAAUGACUUUCUUAUUGUAACUCAUUUGACACAGUUUUUACAUCAAAUUAUGAGCUGGCAAGUGAAAGUUAAGAGAAACUUUGUUUAAGUGCAUUUUGAAAUUCAUAAUUGAUGUAAUAAGUCUUGUAAGAAAGUUUUGAGGAUGUAAGUCAUUAUUUUGAGAGGAAAAACUCGUCAUAGUUUUAACCUCUCAUACUCGCCUGGUCUAAACGGGUUUCCAUAUUAUUUGGUUUGAUGCACAAUAUGUAGCAGUAGUUGCUGUUCUACGGGGUUUCUGGGAGAUGUAGUCCUGUUUAGGAUUCUUGAUAUGCUGCCUAGUUUACACUCUGUGCCUCUGCAGGGUGGGUCAUUAAAAACCCACCCAAUUUCAGGUCGCCCAGCCGUUCUAUACAAAGUUCAAUCUGUUGUAGUUUUGAAACCCGUACCGCUUAAAUUUCUUAUUUUCCUCCUGUCAAUUCUGCCUUUCAAAAAUGCUGUGCCUUAAUUGGUGUUGAAGUGCAUUUAGCCUUACUGCUAGCUCCAAAAAGGACUUUGAUUUAAAUUUAUGGUGAGUUUGAGGCCUUUUUUGUGUUCAUAAAAUUCAGAAAUACUUCAGGUUAAAUUGCAGAUCAGGCCCUUCGUCUGUUGUCCGCGUCUUUACAGCUCCAAAAGGUGGCUCUUCGUAAGACUUUCUCGGAAUAUGUAAUUAGGAAAGACUUCUUUUAAAUCCCUUUGUUUUGUUCCCUUGAUAGUCAAGCUAUAUCCGGGGACCUCGUCCUUAUCUUCGUUUAAAAGUAUACUCCUGUAUGACUAUAUAGCAGUUUUCAUUUCGUUUAUCAGUCUUUUUUUUUUUUUUUUUUUUUUUUUAGAUGCACACACUUUUGUAUCGUUUCUAUACUGUAUAAGAUCUAUUUGGGCAUUGUCCCAUCAAUCACUGUGCCUUAGCUAGCUUAGUCUCCAUCGCGGUCGGAGACCCAGCUCGUAGUUUUUCUGUUCAUUGUACCGACACUCAGUACACGGCAGCUUCACCCUACAGCAUGCCUUACGGAUAAAGCCUUUUACAUUUGAGGGCUUCUUCCUGCCCUGAAACGAGGCAAAAAACUGCGUUUAUGUUGCUCUUCAUCAGUGUGCACAAUUUUUAUAGCUAAAUCAGACAUUUUUAGGGCUGGGUAUCAAAAUUUACAGCUUUUAGUGGCAUUCAAUACAAAGUCAGUGUCAGUAAUGGACCUACAUAAAGUGUAGGUGUUGUGACGUCAUCAGCGUGAGAUACAGGUAUGUACGUUUAUUUGUAGUGAGAUUAAUUAAAUGCGGAAUUCUGGAGUGCAGUAAAUACGUCAUAUCAGAUUACAAUCUUAGUCAGAUCUAAACAUCCAAAGUCAGUAGUUUACGUUUUUCCAAAGAUACUAAUAUUGUGCAUCCCUAAUUCAGUAGUCGGUUUGUUGGCAUCAGUGGGUCAGUUGGCAUGCUUGUUCCGCAGUCGAGACUGCCGAUUGCUGAUUGGCUGUCCCAAGUUGCAUUCCGUAUGCAUGUUGACAUCAGCACUGCUCCUUUAGUCCAUCAGUGCCCCCACUUUCACAGAGGCUACGCUCAUGUUACCAGGUUGAAGUGGCACAAAUCUGAUUUUUCACCCUAAUAUGACUCUGAUCUGAUGUUUUCACGACUGUUUGGACACACACAUCUGAUCUUUUCAAAUCUGAGCUGAGCCACUUUCCCAUGUGGUCCUAGAUCAGAUAGGUAUGCGUUUACAUGCACUUGAUAAUCCGAUCGGAAUCUGCUAUCUGCACUUAAUUUUAUUUUUCAAAUGGUCAUGUAAACACCAUACUCUGAUUAAGAAAUCUGGUAGAGGCUGGUUUUUAGCUCAGUAAUCAGGUUUCUUGGUCUGAGCAUGUGUGAAAAGACUGCAGUACUGAAAUAAGCGAGCAGCAUCACUUUGUUUUUCUGCGUCUCGCGGUUGUGCUGCUCACUUAUUGAAACCAAAUAAGUUGUUGAUGAAAUGCAAGAUUUAAAUAUUCAUCUUCUAGAUAUGUUUGUUUUCAGGUAAAGCGGCGCGAUGAUUAAAAUACAAAAAAGCCGCAACAUAAAGUUAGAGUUUUACGUUAUAUUUACAUCACGUCGUCUUCUGUGAGUUUAUUGGCUGGUUGUAAAGCAAAAAUGCGAUUGUCUGACUCGGGUAGAUCCGGAGUUUCUCCACUAUCCGAUUACUCAAGUGCAUGUAAACCCAUUGAUCAGAUUACUGAUAAAAUCAGAUUUUCUGCAGUUAUUGAAUUUUUAGUGCAUGUAAACACUCGAUGUGAACUCUGAUCGGAAUACGUUAGAUGUUUUUCCUCCACUGCACGUAACCAUCAUUCAGCGUUACCACGGCAACAAUGCCGAACAGAUGUUAAAGCCUGGUGGAAAAGCAGCUCAUCUCACCUUGUUCUCCUUCGUCUGGCUCUAAUAAUGAAGCUGAGAGCUGAUCAGAGUUAAUGAUCUUCUCAGCGAAGCUCGUUCUGCUCGUUAGU